AUGUCCUUCUCAAUUAAAAGAACAUUCUCUCGGGCCAGGAGCCCACAGCCACCAAAAGCUACUCCCACUAUUAGUUCGACACUGAGUACACCUGCUUCUCCCUCCACAAUUUCAGAGACUCCUAAGCAAAGUGCUAACAGUCAUAGUAAUUCACCUUCACCUUCACCUAAUCAAAACCAAUCUUCAAAUCGGCAAAAUGUCAAGGUCACUGUUAGAGUUAGACCUCCAAACGCAGUCGAAAUGAGUAGAGGUGAAACUGAAGUUUGGGAAAUUGAUAAUACUUUGCAAAAACUUAGUAUACUGACCGAUUAUUGUGAACGAUAUAGGAAGCAACCUGCGGAAUAUUUUUAUGAUGCGGUAUUCACAGGUAGUAAUAACAAGGUUUUGUUCGAAAAAGGCGUGCGAGAUACGGUUAGGUCUACUAUGGAAGGUUAUAAUGGUACGGUCUUCGCUUAUGGUCAGACCUCUUCGGACGAUGGUACUGAUUCGCAACCAGGCGUUAUUCCACAGGCAGUAGAAUGUGUGUUUAAUUAUAUCAGAGAGUGUCAGGAAAAAGAAUUUCUCCUUCGUGUUUCGUACAUGGAAAUUUAUAAUGAAACUGUGCGCGAUCUUUUAUCGCCAGAGACUGAAGACUUGAGAAUUCAUGAAGACAAACGACGAGGUGUAUAUGUGAGUCCUCUCAAAGAAGUUGUUGUUUCAACACCUAAACAAGUAUUAAAAGAAAUCAUGAAGGGAGAAGCCAAUCGACAUAUGAGUGCAACUGAUUGGAACGAGCGAAGUAGUCGGUCACAUACAAUAUUUCAAAUGGUUAUUGAGAGCACUGCGAAGGGUUUAUCGCCACCUACUGCUCAUCGUUACACUACGGCUGGUCCGAAAAUGUCUGGCGCUUCAGUAUCGCUUUCCGUAUUGAACUUAAUAGAUUUGGCUGGUUCAGAAAAAGCUACAACCUCGGCGGAUCGUCGAAAGGAAGGAGCUUAUAUUAACAAAAGUUUGCUCACAUUAGGCACCGUUAUUUCUAAACUUACAGAUAGUAAUGGUGGACAUAUACCGUUUCGUGAUUCCAAGUUGACACGUAUUCUGCAAAAUUCACUCAGUGGAAAUGCCCGGGUUUCUGUAAUAUGUACUAUUUCACCAUCGGCUAUAAAUAUCGAAGAGUCGCAAAACACCCUUAAAUUUGCAGCUCGAGUGAAGAAAGUUGUUACGAAAGCACAUACCAAUGCAGUCAUGGAUGAUAAAGCUUUAUUACAAAAAUAUCGUAUUGAAAUUGAGGAACUCAAGGCUAAGCUUGAAAUAACUAAUGUAUCUAAUGACAAAGAGAAGGAAUCCGAGUUAUCGCAAAUGUUGGCACAAGAAAAAGCCAAGCAUGAGGAACAGAUGAUGGAAGCACAACUUGUACGAACAGCCCUAAAAGAAAGAAUUGAUCAUCUAACCAAGUUGAUUUUGAAUAAUUCCUCGUUCUCAGGGAGUCAAUCACGUAAAGUUUUAGUUGAACCUAAUGAAAUGGAACAAACUAACAACUUCACAACAAAUCCUCAGUUUGAAACUCAAAUUGCGGAAAAGGAUGUGAAGUUAGCCCUUCUCACAUCAGAACUUGAUAAAAAGAAUAAAAUGAUCGAACAAUUAACCACGGAAUUAAAUGCCGCUAAACGGAUACAAAAAAAUAAUGAACAAAAUGAUGUGGAAAAACUUCGAAAAACAACCCAAGAAUUGGAAAUAGUUAUAGAAGAACAAUUAGAGAAGAUUCGACUUCUUGAAAAUGGCAAGAAAGGACAUUCUCGUAGUGGAAGCGGCCGUGAUUUUAUUGGUAGCACAGAGCACGCCGAAUUGAGAAGGACAAUACAACGACAACGAGAUAUCAUUAGCGAACUUGAAGAGGAAAUCAAGUCGAACAGGAUGAUUAUUGCCAAUCAAAAGGAAAUGUUACAUAAAGCAGAACUCUCGCAACUUCAAAGCAAGACAACGAAUAGAACUAAUGGGCGUCAUAUGGAAAACGGCACACGUCACGAACAUAUGGCGGAUAAUAUUAAAUCAGCAAAUUCGGACAAUAGUGGUAAUGAUAGGAAUGAUGAUGUGUUGUUGAAACAUGGUUUGAUAAUUUCUGAUGAAGCAAUUCUUAUCUUCUUAUUGUUUACAUUUUCGAAUUUCAUAACAGUCGGUUGA